UAGAGUACCCGACUACUAAGAGGUAAAUUUUUUAGCAUCAUGAUUCAGUGAUCGUCGCAAUGAAAAUUCCUUCGGUGUUUACGUAAGGCUUUGCCUUUGAAGCCAGUGUUGUAUUGACCAACGAAUAGCUGAAUGUGAACACGAUUGUCUCUUAACAAAGAGGGUCAACGAAGACUUUGACGCUCUCACUUUGCGGUCAUUUUGCAAAACUUAUGGAUGCACCUUGAUGCUUAAUGAGCAAACAUCAGUACAACCAAGAUGGUCCACUCUCAUAUUGAGGAUUCGGUGAUCCGACGGCACAGCAGUACUCCGGUGCAGUCCACUAUGCACACUGAGAACAGCGGAGAAAUUGACGACUGCGGCACGGACGAGUGCCAAAGUCUUGUCAAAGAGUUCAACACAGAGACAGCACGGUAUCACGACCUGGUCCUGGCACUCGGCGGCUCCAGCGACUCGGAAUACCUGCGAGACGAACUCAAGAAAACAAGACGCACUGCGUCUGAGCUGGCCAGACGCAGCAAGCAAACGCUCAUACCUCACCUCAAAGCGGAUUUCGAUUUCAAGUCUGAGCGUGGUGACUACGAACGACUGUGGAACAUGUUUGUGUCGUGCGCAGAGCUGUACGAGAGUCAUCUCCGUAAAUCAUUGGAACUGGAGAGGUCAUUCCCCAUCCAUGCUGGUCCACAUGUUCUGAUCAACACGGGGGUGAUGGAACCUGUCGGUGUGGACAACAUUCCGGUCAACGUCGAGAACCUAGACGUGCCCUCCGUGGACCGCAUGGUGCUGGAGAGAGAGGACUUGAAGAACCAGGAGAGAGACAUCCUGGAGCUGCGGAAUCUGAUCUCUGAGAUGCAGCGGCGCGUGGACAUUAAGCCCUGGAUGAUUGAGCCCUUGCUGGACUACAAACUGGACUACGAGAAGUCGCAGUCCUCGCUCAGCGACAUAGCCUCGUCCAACGGAACGGAGACGACCUAUGACCCCCACCAGCGUCGCAAGUGCAUCUGCCUGGUAUCCAUUGCCUUGCUCUCCCUGGUUGCCUUCACCGUCGUGCUGGUGGUCUGUCUGGUCAAGUUUGACACAAAAACGAAUGGUGAUUAGCAGUGCUGUACGGAGAAAGUUAGAAAUGAGAAGCCAACUGGCCCCUAGAAAAAAGAAGUUAGGCACCAGGUCGAUUUUCCUACAUACUGUACACACAUUUGUAAAAUAAACAAAUUACAUUUACUAGUACAAAAUCUGACAAAAUGCACAGAAACAUGAUUCUGUCAAUUAGCAGCAGGACAGAUGGGCUUUGGAUUUUGUGCUUGUGGAAUAAGUCAAAAAUAGCAAUCAAUUAUAUGAAAAAAAAAGCCGAAAGAAAAGACACGCAUGUUUGUUCUCUUACAUGUUCUUUUGAGUAUUUCGUAGGCCCACCUGGAACGGGACCAGACCAAGGGAAACUUCAAGUACAUCUGGGACUGUAAGAAGUUUAUUGCAGGCAUAGAUUGCUGGUGCAUCAUGAAUAUGCAAAAUGCCUCAGCUCCCCAUACACACUCUAGACGGCGUGUGAUCACAAACCAAAUGCGACUGUUUUGGUGGCACUGUACUGCACUGGUGAUUAGUCGUAUGUUGGAAGUGUUUCACAUUACAUGACAACAAGGCAUUGUUUCUGGGCAGAGUAUCAUUCUUUUUCCUUGGAGAACUGAACCUCUUGAAAUAGAGCAUUUUUAUUUUCUUGUAAAGUAUUCAAAAACCUUUGUGCCAGAAGUCUCAUUUUUAGAUUACAUAAAUGAUUUUACAAAAUUUGGGUAUUUUGUGUUAUCGCACUUCGUGUGGAUUUAUGUAUUAACGCAGGAGCCUCGCCAAGAGGUCAUUGUGCUGUUGUCAUAGCGACUGUCUCGCGCUUUGUUUCUAAGGUCAGUAUUCUUAAUGUUCCGUAUUCUGUUCGAACAAUAAAUCUACGAACCAAACUAACCAGCAGUUUUUUGUACCAGCAAAAAGUACUUGACUACGUAGUAAAUUAUACAGUUUAUUUCAUAUAUGAAAACAGAUGUGUAUUCAUGUAAACAAACAAAGCAGUACUUCUUUUGUGGUCUGCUGAAUUUCUAAUUACAAUAACAAUGAUGCAGUUGUGAGCAACUUGAACACAGUUUGAGAGGAUUCAAAGACAGAUGCAGUAGAUAAUAGACGUGUGAUCUAGUACAACUCUAUACUCGAUAAUGUCAUUAACUAAAUCAAAUGCAGCCAUGGGCUACACUGAGCAUUGAGAUUCACAGUGCAUGUAUCAUCGGUGUUUGAGGUAAAGCCGGUUUGUAGCAGGGUAGCAGCCUAACAGGGUUACAACCCUGGAAAAGGUAUUUAUUGGCAACAAAACUGAAGCGUAAGGGACCCAAAGUACCAACUCGUGUUUUCUAUUUUUGCAACAGUAUUUUGAUGAAGAUUAUUAUUGGUGUACUCUGGCUUUGUUUCUUUUUUAACAUAACAUAUUGAACAUUUCCGAUGUCAUCAGGGUUUGGUCAAUGGAUCUCACUGCUAUUCAAAAAUUAAAGGUCAAACUUCAUAGUUAUAAAUGAUAAGCCUUUGUAGAAUUCAGACUUGAGGUUUUUUGUGAGCUUGGCAAAUAGAUGAACAUUCAGUAUGUCCAUCCAUGUAUUCAAUUAUUUUCAAGACAGAUAUAUGGCAAACCACUUCUAUCAUUACCACGAGUGUGCUACGAUUAAUGUUCGAUGCAUUUUAUUCCGUAUUCAAGCAUUCCUCAACACACAGUCAUACCGAUAUAAUCCUAUUUAUUUUAACCAGUUUUUUCUCUGUCAAAUUAUUGACGGAAAUGAAAGCAAGAAAGACAACUCAUUCCAGCAUUUUCAACCACUUGUGAUGUGCAAUACAAAUUGUUCUCUGUGUAUAGCAUUUUAAUGAUUGUUCACUCAGAUUAGAAAAUAAAAAUAUAUAUAUAUUGUGAUACAGGUAUUUUAUUUAGUAUUUUAUUCAGUAUUCUGUUUUUGGCCAAAAUGUAGUUGUACGACACAUAUUUACGUAGAAGUACUCUGUGAAUAUAUUAUGCUAAACCUUUGCAUGAUACAUUGAUGUUUAUGAAUCUGCCUUUAUAUGUAUGCAAAGAUAUCAAGAGUUUUUCUUUUUUAAACCUAAGUCAAUGUGAUCUGCCAGAAUUGUGUGAAAUACCGCAUAAUGGAGCCGACUUGUCAGUAAGAUAUAUAAAAACCUACUAACAAAAAUAUAUUUAUCAUAUUCAAUUUAAGAACAAUGAAAUGAUUACCAGGACGUGCCUGUCAAAUGUUUUGUUUGAGUUGGAAAUUUUUGCUCAAAUGGAAACUGUGUGCUAGUCGUUAAUACCUCUAAAUUUACCGAAAAUGUGAACAAUUUUUGGAUGUAAAUGUAUGAUCUUGAUUUUACCAGAUACCUUUUCAUUUCAUGUGAAAUCUAAUCAUAUUUUUGCUGUAUUUUAUGUGUGCUUUAUGGGUAUAAUUUAUGUUUGUCAAAUAGCACAAGUGGUUGAAGUGAAUAAAAGAUGAUGAACUUUGCCACUUUGAA